AUGCUCUGGCUGGAGAUCUGGCGUUUUGCUCAGCGAUCCAUGGCAGCCUGCGAAUCUGGGCGUGCUCCCUGGAUCCAAGCAGCCUUCACAGGCCUCUUCUUCGGGUCUCUGGCAGCAGUGUCCGCGGUAAUUGCGGCAAAGCGGCCAGUAGCAGCACCUCUGGCAGGUGGCUUCUGGCUUACCCGAAUCGUGGCGCUCCGCUGGCUCUCAGCCAUCUUCUUCAUAGCGUUCUUGGUGGCACUUAGGCAGAACAAGGCGCUGAUCGGAGACACUGGAAUCCUACCUGCACGGCACCUGCUGAGACGCGCGGACGUUACUGUCAGCCGCGCUGCUGGUGGCAGCUGGCGGGAGCUGACCUUCCAUGGCAAGGUGAGGUGCUUUCUGUUGCGCGCGGAACGGCUCCCCACCUUGCUGUGGUUCGCUGGAACCAGGCCCAAGGGUGGUCUCGACAUCUGGCUCGAUGGCAUAGCUUGGGCGGGAUUGCUGCUGUCUGCGCUGGCCUUCAUUGCAGGACGCUUGGUUGCACCUGGGCAGAGAUGGUAUUCUUUCGGCUGGGAGUCGCAGCUGCUGGAGUCAACGCUGCUCAGCGUGUUGGCCGCGCCGGCCAUAGGCGGGCCCUUUGCUGAAGCCCCAUCUCCACUGGCUCCGUGGGCAUUCCGCUGGUUAGCUUUUCGGAUCAUGCUGGGCGCGGGUCUCAUCAAGGCGAGAGGUUCAAAGACUUGGUUGGACCUGACAGCAAUGUGCCACCACAUCGAGACGCAGCCCAUCCCAAAUCCUCUGUCUCGUCGUUUUCACAACCUGCCACGGCCUCUGCACUUGUACGCGACAGCCUCCAACCACAUUAUCGAGCUGGUGAUGCCCUGGCUGCUGCUGGUCCCAUGCAGAGCCGCACCAGCAGCCUUUGGCGCGGUGCACAUUCUCUUUCAGUUAACGCUCAUCCUGACUGGAAACCUGUCUUUUCUGAACUGGUUAACGAUCAUUCCUGGCUUGUGGUGCUUUGAUGAUGCCACCUUAGUCGGUCUUCUGCCAGAAUCCGCCGCACAAUCGCUGGCUGAUAUUGUGCUUCGCGCAAGAGCAGCUGCCCCACGACUUGGACUUUGGGGUUGCGGGCGCGAUAUCCUGGCAAUCUGCAUUAUCACCUGGCUUUCGUUGCCCGUGUGGAAAAACUUGCUUGGCCCCCGUGGUGGGGGACGUCAGAGGAUGAACUCAACAUUCGAGAGACGAGUGGUUCUGCCGCGGUUUGUCUCCCGCCUUGCUGGCGCUGGCAAGGAUGAGGUGGCCAAUGAGUCCGCGGAAGGAAGCCAAUCUUCGUCACCGGCUCAGAAACGGCGGCGACUGCUAUCCGAGCCUGACCUCAGUAUGAAUCUGCAAAGCCUUCGACUGCUGAACACAUACGGUGCAUUUGGAUCUGUGAACACCGAACGGAUCGAGAUUGUGUUCGAAGGCACGCCUGAUGGUCGCAACUGGUACCCGUACACGUUCAAGGCAGCCGUCGACGAUCCGCUGAAGCGGCCUGGCUUCUUGGCACCGUACCAUCUGCGGCUGGACUGGUGCCGAUGGAUUGCUUCAUGCCGCGGCAGACGCGCCAACGGUCUGGCAGAGCCCUGGGUGCUUAGUUUUGUGGCCCAUCUUCUCCGAGGGGAUCCGCUGACGCGCCAACUCCUGGCCAAGGGUGGCGACCCCUUCGAGCGAACGGAUCCGCCGCUGCGAAUCCGCGGAGAGCUCUACCAGUACGUCUUCGCACCUCCGCCUCGCUCACGAGCAGAUCCUUAUUGGCUUCGAGAGCGAGUGGGCAAUUACUUGCCCCCUUUAGGUUUGGAUGAAAUAUCGGCCAGGCUUGUUGACCAUGGUUUGCUCUAG